GGCAUUCAUCGUCUGGCUGGCCAAUGGUGAGACUAUUCGUGUCUACAAAAUGACUAAGAAGGAUGAUGACAGCUUCACCUUCACUGCCAAUUCUGGGGACUUCCCAAAGAAGCACAAGGCUCCUGUCAUUAACAUAGGAAUUGCAGAGACAGGAAAGUUUAUCAUGACAGCUUCCAGUGACACUACCAUCCUGAUCUGGAGCCCAAAGGGAGAAGUCCUGGCCAGCAUUAACACCAACCAGAUGAACAAUGCCUAUGCCACUGUGUCACCCUGUGGGAGGUUUGUGGCAUCCUGUGGCUUCACCCCUGAUGUGAAGGUGUGGGAGGUGUGUUUUGGCAAGAAUGGAGAGUUUCGGGAGGUGGCCAGGGCUUUUGAGUUGAAAGGCCACACUGCUGGGGUCCAUUCCUUCGCCUUCUCUAACGACUCCAGGAGGAUGGCAACCGUGUCAAAGGAUGGGACAUGGAAAUUCUGGGACACAGACGUGGAAUACAAGAAGCAGCAGGACCCGUACCUGCUGCUGACA